GCUCUACUCUCUCAUCGAAUCCAUCUCCUACUCUUUCCUCCUUGCAGCGAGUCAUUCUCCAAUGGCUUCCACCAUGGCCCUCUCCUCCCCAUCCUUCGCCGGCCAGGCCGUCAAGCUCGCCCCCUCGGCCUCCGACGUCCUCGGCGGAGGCAGGGUCACCAUGCGGAAGACGGGCGCCAAGCCGAAGCCCGUUGCAUCCGGUAGUCCGUGGUACGGCCCCGACCGCGUCAAGUACCUCGGCCCGUUCUCCGGCGAGCCCCCGUCCUACCUCACCGGCGAGUUCCCGGGCGACUACGGGUGGGACACGGCUGGGCUGUCGGCCGACCCCGAGACCUUCGCCAAGAACCGGGAGCUGGAGGUCAUCCACUGCCGGUGGGCUAUGCUCGGCGCCCUGGGCUGCGUCUUCCCGGAGUUGCUGGCCCGCAACGGAGUCAAGUUCGGGGAGGCGGUGUGGUUCAAGGCCGGCGCUCAGAUCUUUAGCGAGGGCGGACUGGACUACCUGGGCAAUCCCAGCUUGAUCCACGCUCAGAGCAUUCUGGCCAUCUGGGCGUGCCAGGUGAUCCUGAUGGGCGCCGUGGAGGGCUACCGCAUCGCCGGCGGGCCGCUCGGCGAGGUGACCGACCCGCUCUACCCGGGCGGCAGCUUCGACCCCCUCGGCCUGGCCGACGACCCCGAAGCCUUCGCGGAGCUGAAGGUGAAGGAGAUCAAGAACGGCCGCCUGGCCAUGUUCUCCAUGUUCGGAUUCUUCGUUCAGGCCAUCGUGACCGGCAAGGGCCCGCUAGAGAACCUGGCCGACCACCUCGCCGACCCCGUCAACAACAACGCUUGGGCCUACGCCACCAACUUCGUCCCCGGCAAGUGAGCUGCUGCUUCCGGAACAACAGCUGCUUCUGACUACGUUGGGUGGCUGUUGAUGGUGUAAAAUAUCAUGAUGUUGUUGGAUGAUCCAAUUAUUUAUUGUCUCGUCCGAGUAAUAUUUGAUGAGCUAUAUGUAAUUUCCCAUCCCCUAAUGGAUGUGUUUGUGCUAUUAUUAUUC